CGCUGCGCGGUGAGGUCAGCGUAGUGCCGCCGUUGCUGGUCCCGCUGCCCGUCGCUGGGUCUGCUUUAGUCGUUUUUUUCUUGUGGUACUCGAUCCUCCAGGCGGAGUGUGGAGCCUUGUCUGUGGCCGGGGCUAUACGGUAUUUGCUCGGAUAAGGAGAUUGGUGGCAAAACAGCCUGCUCCGGCUUAUCGUUUGGUAUCAGAGUUGUACUUCAUUGAUCUAUACCAGAAAUGGAUAUUAGAGCGUAAUUACUAGAGGGAAGUAAUCAGCGAUAAGCUCUGCUUCGAGAGUGACUGGUACAGAAUGCAAUGGGAUCGAUAGCAUGUCUGCAGAGAGUGGCCCUGGGACAAGACUGAGAAAUUUGCCAGUAAUGGGGGAUGGACUAGAAGCUACACAAAUGUCUACAACACAGGCACAGACCCAACCCCAACAGGGCAAUGCUGGAGCCAUUAAUCCAUCUCCACCUGAGACCUCAAAUCCUAGUAAACCCAAGCGCAUGACCAACCAACUACAGUACCUACUCAAAGUGGUGCUCAAGACACUAUGGAAACAUCAGUUUUCAUGGCCUUUCCAGCAUCCUGUGGAUGCUGUCAAGCUAAACCUCCCUGAUUAUUAUAAAAUUAUUAAAACUCCUAUGGACAUGGGAACAAUAAAAAAACGCUUGGAGAAUAACUACUAUUGGAACGCUCAAGAAUGCAUCCAAGACUUUAAUACAAUGUUUACAAAUUGUUACAUCUAUAAUAAGCAAGGGGAUGAUAUUGUUUUGAUGGCAGAAGCUCUAGAAAAACUCUUCCUACAAAAAAUAUCUGAAAUGGCCCAGGAAGAAACAGAAGUUGUUAUAGUCCAAACAAAAGGGAGAGGACGUGGUAGGAAGGAAACAGUGACAACCAAGGCAGGAGCAUCAGUGGUACAGAAUGCAACUCAAGCAUCAUCCCCACCACAGACGCAGGCUCCACCUCAAAAUUCUCAGCCAGUGCAAACAACUCAUUCCUUUCCCUCUCUGACCCCUGACCUAAUUGUUCAGACACCAGUAAUGACAGUGGUGCCACCCCAGCCUCCUGCAGCACUGCCUCCUCCCCUCCCACCUUCAGCCUCAGCUCCUCAGCCCUCUCAGACACACACCCCGAUUAUCCCAACAUCUGCACAACCCAUGAAGACAAAAAAGGGAGUGAAGAGGAAAGCAGACACUACAACUCCUACUACAAUAGACCCAGUUCAUGAAUCAUCAUCAUUGCCAGCUGAACCCAAGUCUGUCAAGACAGGUCCACGAAGGGAAAGCCGACCUGUGAAACCUCCAAAGAAGGAUGUUCCAGAUUCUCAGCAGCAUGUAGUAGAAAAAAGUAACAGUAGCAAAGCGUCAGAGCAAUUAAAGUAUUGUGGGGGCAUCAUAAAGGAGAUGUUUGCUAAGAAACAUGCUGCAUAUGCAUGGCCCUUCUACAAACCUGUAGAUGUGGAAGCUCUUGGACUCCAUGAUUAUCGUGAAAUCAUUAAGCAUCCCAUGGACCUGAGUACAAUUAAAUCCAAAUUGGAAAACCGGGAUUAUAGAGAUGCUCAGGAAUUUUCAGCUGAUGUCCGAUUGAUGUUUUCCAAUUGUUACAAAUAUAACCCUCCAGAUCAUGAGGUAGUGGCCAUGGCACGGAAACUACAGGAUGUCUUUGAAAUGAAGUUUGCUAAAAUGCCAGAUGAACCCGAAGAACCUGUGAUUCCAGCUUCCUCUCCAGUAGUAGUACAGCCACAACCCAAAGUGCCCCCACCAUCGUCCAGUGACAGCAGCAGUGAUAGUUCUUCUGACAGCGAUAGUUCGUCAGAUGAUUCUGAAGAAGAGCGAGCUCAGCGGCUAGCAGAGCUCCAGGAACAGGUAAAACGUUUGUUGCAUGAACAGUUGGCUGCCCUGUCACAGCCACAGCAGAAUAAACCAAAGAAAAAAGAGAAAGACAAGAAAGAAAAGAAAAAAGAGAAGCACAAAAAGAAAGAAGAAGUAGAAGAAAAUAAAAAAAAUAAAGCCAAGGAUCCACCAACUAAGAAGGCUAAGAAGAAUAAUGGCAAUACCAAUAGCUCAAGUAAUAAGAAGGAGCCUGUGACUGUGAAGAAUGCCAAGCCACCUCCAGUUUAUGAGUCAGAGGAGGAGGAGAAAUGUAAGCCAAUGUCUUAUGAAGAAAAAAGACAAUUGAGCCUGGACAUUAACAAGCUCCCUGGUGAAAAAUUAGGCCGGGUUGUCCAUAUCAUCCAAUCAAGAGAACCCUCGCUCAAAAACUCCAAUCCUGAUGAGAUUGAAAUUGACUUUGAAACAUUAAAGGCAUCCACUUUGAGGGAGCUGGAGCGAUAUGUAACAUCUUGUUUACGGAAAAAAAGGAAACCUCAAGCAGAGAAAGUGGAUGUAAUUGCUGGUUCCUCUAAAAUGAAGGGAUUCUCCUCUUCAGAGUCUGAGAGCACCAGUGAGUCCAGCUCCUCCGACAGUGAAGAUUCAGAAACAGAAAUGCCCCCCAAAAUUAAGAAAAAAGGACAUCCUGGUCGAGAACAAAAGAAGCAUCAUCAUCAUCACCAUCCACAGGUGCAGCAGCAACAGCAGCAGGUGCAAGCACCGCAGUUACCACCACCACCACCUCCAUCUGUCCCUCAGCAAGCAGCCACCACAAUCAAGUCUUCUCCUCCAGCUUUUGUUCCGACGCAGAUCCCAGUUAUGGAGCAUCCACUCCCAGGGAACAUGUUUGACACUAUUUCACAUUUCACUCAGCCUAUUCUGCACCUUCCCCCACCUGAGAUGCCACCUCAUCUCCCCCAGCAGCCUGAGCACAGCACUCCUCCUCACUUAAAUCAACAUGCAGUAGUGUCCCCUCCAGCUUUGCACAAUGCUCUGCCUCAGCAACCCUCAAGACCCAGUAAUCGAGCCGCAGCACUCCCCCCCAAACCUCCUCGGCCUCCGGCUGUGUCACCGGCUCUUAACCAGCAGCCUCUGCUUCCCCAGCCCCCCCUCCCCCAGCCUCCCCAGGUGCUUCUGGAGGACGAAGAGCCUCCUGCUCCUCACCACAACCUGCCGCUGAGCAAUAGUCAGAUGCAGCUCUACUUGCAGCAGUUGCAGAAGGCGCAGCCACAGACUUCUCUCCUCCCUUCAGUGAAAGUGCAGUCGCAGCCUCAGCCCUCCCUGCAACCUCCUCCUCACCCUCCCGGGCAACAGUUACCACAUCCGUCACAGCAGAGGCCAGUACAUAUGCAGUCCAUGCAAUUUCCACCCCAUAUUCCACAGCCUCCACCACCGCCCCAGCCACAUCUGCCCCCUCAGCAGCCUCAAGCCCCACAGCAAUCGUCAAAACCCCAGCAAGUCAUCCAGCACCACUCUCCACCAAGACAUCACAAGCCAGACCCCUACUCAGCAGGCCACUUGAGAGAAGCACCUUCCCCUCUCAUGAUGCAUUCCCCUCAGAUGCCAUCGUUCCAGGGGUUGCCGCACCAGUCUCCACCGCAAUCAAACGUUCAGCCAAAAAAGCAGGAACUGAGAGCAGCUUCCGUAGUUCAGUCGCAGCCUAUGGUCAAAGAGGAGAAGAUGCAAUCCCCAGUCAUUCGAAAUGAGACCUUUAGCCCUGCCUUGCGGCAAGACCCUACCAAACACCCCGAAAGCAUCAAGCCACCUGUACAUAUCCAACAACGAACAGAAAUUAAGACAGUGGACAGUGGGCGGCCUGUUAUAAGACCUUCAGAACAAAAUGCACCACCAGGCGUCCAGGACAAAGAGAGACAGAAACAGGAACCAAAAACACCAGUAGCACCUAAAAAGGAUUUGAAAAUAAAAAAUAUGGGAUCUUGGGCAAGUUUAGUGCAGAAACAUCCCACCACACCAUCUUCAACAGUAAAAUCCAGCAGUGAUAGCUUUGAGCACUUCAAGAGGGCCGCCCGGGAAAAGGAGGAGCGUGAGAAAGCCUUGAAAGCUCAGGCUGAACAAGCAGAAAAGGAAAAGGAGAGGCAAAGGCGAGAACAGGAAAGAAUGAGGAGUCGUGAAGAAGAAGAGGCUCUGGAACAGGCACGUCGAGUUCACGAGGAAGCCCGGCGGCGUCAGGAACAGCAGCCCCAGCAUCAUCCCCAGGCUCAGCAGCAGGUGUCAGCUGCAGCCUCUGCUCCCCCGUCACAGAGCUCUCAGCCACAGGCUUCGCAGUCCAUGCUGGACCAACAGAGAGAGGAACUCAGAAAACAAGAACAGGAACGAAGGCGCAGAGAGGCAAUGGCAUCAACUAUUGACAUGAAUUUCCAGAGUGAUUUGUUGGCAAUAUUUGAAGAGAAUCUUUUCUAAUAGCACCUGGUUUUCUUUGCCUGAACUCCUUAAUUUCCCAGCAAAUUUUUGACUCUCCAUAGUGUUGUUGGCAGCUGGGAGGAGAGCAUUCCUGCAGCCUUUCUGCAUGUGUGACGGUUGUGGCCUCAGAAGGAUCAGCAGAGUCUGCCUUACGAUUUGACUUAAUUCCCAUCCCUACCCCAUCCCCCAACCUCACUGAAGAAAGCGAGACCAAGAUGAGUCAACUCUGUGCUAGGUUUGCAUCAGUGGACAUGCAGUUGCUGGGAAGGGUGCCCCCUAUCACUUGAUAUUCUCUAUGCCAAACCUACUUGCAGUAUAUCCAGAACUUGAUGCUGUUUGCCCUUUUUCUAUCCAAAAGCAUUCUGAAUUCUAGAAUGUCUUUGACGCUACCGUGCUGUAUGCUGGCAGCACCAGACACUCUGCAUUGAGAGGCUGUGUACAGAAAGAUCCCGCCUGGGCUUUAGCAGGGAAGACACACAAGCUGUUUUGGGUCCUUUCAUCACUGGCUUUGCCUUUAACUAAACUUCCCACAAGCCUUUAGCUGGGAGCCAUUCUCUGUAAGUGUUUGCUUGUGAAAAAGGGAAUAAUUUAGUGGAGGUGUCAAGUAAGUGUAACUGGCCAUUUGAGUGAGGUUUUUGUUUUAGCAUUGUGUGGAUGACAGGAAUCUGAGCUAGACUACCAACCAAAGUCAGUUUCUUUCAAUCUAUUUCUUUUCCUCCAGAUACAUUGGCACUGCUCAACUCUCUUGAGUAGAUAUUCUUAUCUCUUCAUUACAGAGUGGAGUGGAGUGGGGAAAACUUAACACCAGGGGAAGCUCCCACCCUGUCAAUAGUGUUUGACUGUGGCUGUAUUGUAUAGUGAAUAUAGUUGGCAUAUAUUUGUUUGAGUUUUAUGGUGAGCUCACCAUACUCUGUAAAGACACUGCUUCUAUUUUGCUCAGUUCCAGACUUUUAGUCUAUAUUUUUAACUGUAAUACCAGAAAACUACAUUUUGGGUUUUAAAUGUCAUGGAGUCUGUUAAAAUUAGUUUUUAUACACAACAGAGCAACUCCGGGGAAGGAGAUGGGAAUGGAUUUGGAUUGGCAGGAAGGAAGACCUGUUCCUGUUGUCUUCCAUUAAGUCCUUUCACAUUUUAGCAGUAAUCAUUUUCUCAGCACUUUUAGCAUAUUCUUUUCAUUUUACUCUUUCAAAUGUUCCAUGUUUAUGUGCCAUAAAUACCCACUAUACAGUACAAUACUGGUGUGUCAGUCUUGGCCAAUCUCUGGAGUAAUUAAUUGGUUUUACUUUAAUACGGUGAAUAUGCAUUUGGUCUGUACUGAUCAUGGAAUAAACUCAUCUCUUUUUUUUUAAAGUUGGUGUCGUACUGACAUUUCUUUUAAAUCUUGCUUAUGGUAAAAUGGCUUAAGCGAGAAAGGCAGUAAGGAGACUUGUUCUAUUCAUCUGUCUUGUUCUAGCAGGCAGGGAAACCUCCAGCCAAUUCAUACAAUUUUCAUCUUAUCACCAAGGUAGAUAAUAUUUACCCUGGGACCAGUAAUAGUGGAACAACAGCAUUCUGUAGAAAUGGUAGGAAGGUGAACACCAAAUAUCAAGCAGUUAGUGUUUUCUCAGCAUGGCUGGUUUCACACUGUAGCAUCAAGCCAAAAAUAGGGGAAUAGCACACUGAUUGUUUUCAGUCUUGUUCCUGUUUGGGGCGAACCUCAACAUUCAAUAUAAUUUCCAGCAAUAAAAUUUAGUCCAGCUUCCUGUGUUGUGCUAAAUUAGGAGCGCUUGAACUAUGGUAGGUGACCCUGUGAGGAUCCAGAGAAAGAUACAGUAGUUCACUUUUCUGCACUGUUGGUCAAAAUUGGUAUUCCAAUAUGAAUUGCUGGACAUGGAUUUUCUAGUUCAGAGCUUGCAAAUUGCCAUUCUGUUGCUACCUCUUUUGAAAAACCAUGACUGCUUGCUUCAAAACUUCCAUUGGACUAAGUAGUGGGUUUGGACUGUGAAUUAAAGUUAUUCAAAGCGUUUAUUCUGGUCAAGAAUGGUCUGGCUAGCUGCUAUAGAGAAGGCAACUGUUCUCUGCCAACUUUAUAUUUGCACUCUCAGCCAAAGACAUCUCUAGUUUUCCUGAUGACACAAGUUUUGGAAAAUAGUUCCUGUCCUGCCAACGUCUCAACUCUUCAUUUUCAUGAUAUUGGACUACUGAUUUCAAUUUCUACACCAUCUGCCCAAUUUUAUUAUGCCUAAACUCAUGCUAAGAGAGCAGAGAUCCCAUAUGGAGUAAAAGAAGGUACUUAUUUCUGUGGGUCAACUCCCAACAGUUAUGCAUCAGGAGAAAUGGGGCACCUAAGAAAGCAUUUAUUGUCUCCAAAUAGUAUUGCCCUUAAACUUGCAAUUUGCUUCAACAUCAUUCUCAGGUCUUUUUGCAGGAGUUGAAUAAUGGGACCGGCAAUAUAACUCCAAGAUCAAGUGAUAAGUCAUUUGUUGUCUGUUUUCAAUCUAACUUGGCCUUGGCUUUCCAAUGUGCAGUUAAAUUAACAUGCCUUUAAGCAGUUGGGAGUGCACAGUCACACAUAUUAAUAUACGUAACUCAGGUUAGUAGCCAUGUACAGAAGAAAUGAGACUGGAUCUAGAGGCAAGUGUUUUCUUUGACAUUCUUGUGAGCAGCCAGUUCUCACACUGAAUUUUUACCCAAAGGUGCCUUUUAACUCUACAUCAUUAAAAGAUCUCUGCCUUUCUCCAUAGAGUAUUAGAUUGUUGAAAGAGAUAAAUGGGAAGAUUUAGAAGGGACAGUAUUACCCCUCAGACAGCUUUUUCUGAAGGCUUCUUACUGAAAAGGAUGUGCAAUUAGGUAUAGACCAGGCUUUCUGUUAUAAAAAGUUGACUGUGCAUUCCUUCUUUCAGGGAGUUGCCAGUCUUGAGAAGGCCAUGAAAUGUUGUGCUUUGUCUCCAAAUAUAGUAAUUUUGUGUCGAGUGGUUUAGACUCACGGCCAGUAACCACCUCUUAACAUUAAGAUGCAGUUGAGUGGUCUGAAAAUCUGGACUCCUGAGGACUACACUCGGGCUUCAGAUUACCUCUCGUACAGAACACCUAAAUGUUCUGUUUCUGGAUCAACAUAAAGGUAGUUACCAUAUGCUGGAUGGUACAUGACACUAGUUUCCUCCCUUGAUCUGCUUACGUGUGGGCAUUACCACUUCAGAAUUGGUGAAAUGUUAGAUCACCAGCUCACACAAUUUCUUUGUGAAGGCUUAAUGGUUGGGUUAGCCCUUAGUCUUCUAUUUUAUCCCAGGAAUUGUCAGGAAAAAGGGGGGCUUCUAUCUCUAGCCACGGCUCAGACUUGAAUGAAAAUAAGUCCCUUGCAUCCCGUUCUUGUCCCUGUGUUACUGCACACGUCUUUUUACCAUGAGCUCAUUAACUAGCCUUAAUCUUCUCUUAGCUCUUGUUUGGAUCCUUGAUGAAAUAGGAACGUUAGUUUUCCUCUGAACAUGUUUCUGAUUCUUUCAUUUUCAUUGCUAAGUCAUUUCUCACAGUAUUCCUUGGCUUUCCAUCUAUCCAUCCCCUCUCCCCAGUCACCUCUUUUGCAAAGCACUUUGGAUGAACAUCUCCCUCCUUUAAUUUUAUGCUCAGGGUUUUUUGGGGUACUUUUAAGUGCACAUCCGCUGUGAAAGUUGAUCACGUACGAGCUCACUGCGAUUGUACAUAACAAAACUACACCACACUGACAGAAGUGAAAACAUAAAAGAAGUGGAGAUGCUGGAACUUCUAUCAAGAGAGAGCACCCUCUGUUGUAAAAAAUUUAAAAUAAAUAAUUUAUAUGUAUGCAAUGAACAAAAAAAACCCCGUACCCCGUAUCUAGUCAAUAGCAAAGUUAGUUGUUUUUUAUUUUAACGUUUAAACCCUCUUUUUGCAUUGAACAUUUGCCAAUCUUGUCUGUAGCUGACAGUUUCAAAACUGUGAUAGCAGUUUGUUUUUUUUCUCGCUUGGUGGCUUUCUCCGCUAUCUUGUUCUUCCUCACUUUCCUCUUCUGAUCGUUUCUGUGUUUGGCAAACUUCUUGAAAUGUUUACAGGCCUUCACUUAUUUACUUUAAUUUUUUUU